GUAUUCUCUCCCGCGCAAACAAAACUCCCACAGUCCCACUUCCCUCGUCAUCCCUCAGUCUGCAUCAGUGAACCUCCCACUUCCAACCAUCUCUCCUUAAUCUCUUGCGUCUCCUUCCUUCGGCGUCUGAAAAGAAGCGAUCAGACUGAACCAGAAAUCUGGUGAGGGCAUCUAGGUUUUCAUAGUUCGAACAGGGCGUCUAGGUUUUCAUGACAGUUUGAGUAGGGCAUCUAGGUUUCAUCGCCUGAAUAGGAUGGACAGUGAGGAUCACAUAGAUCCAGAACUCCCCAACAAUGACCAUACUGUAGAGGAGGUUGGAGGUUCAUCCUCCCAAGCCCUUGGGCCCUCCCGUAGAAAAAGGGGGUCAGGGAAGCGUGGCAACACAGUGUUGCCACAUGUCCUAUAGAGGAAGACUCCAACCGUGGAGCUUGAUCAUUAUGAUCGGCCUGUUGGGGAAGUGAGGCCAGAAUUGAUGUUGUAUAUAGGUAUGUUAGCGAGGGAUUGUUCUAUAAUCCCAAUCUGCACCACCGACUGGAGGACAAUAACCGAUGAGGCAAAAAACAGAAUUUAUGACGCUGUUAAAGAAAAAAUUAUUUUCCCAAAUGAGAUGGAGAAAACAGAUAUCCUUGCUGCAGCUGGAAAGAUGCAUCUGCUUUCGAUGUCAUGUAAAGAAGAAAUAUUUUGACAAAUAUGCUCCUGAUCGUGAGAAAGCAUUCUCGGAGGCACUUCAACAUGAGAGAAAUAUUGAUCGCGGUGAUCUUCAAUGCCUCUUUAACCAUUGGGAAACACCAGAGAGCAAGGCAAAGUGUGAAAUUAUGACUGAAGUGAGGUCACAUAAUACGGUCCCUCACCACAUGGGCUGGAAAUCCUAUGCUGCUCACCUCCAUGAAAUGACGGAAGAAAGAAGGCAAAACAAUAUGCCCCCACCCAGGAGAGAGGACCUAUUCAAGAAGGCCUAUACAAAUUCUCAGGGGGAGUUUUAUGACCCUCGAGCGAGGGAACUUGCUGCCAAGAUGAAAGCAUAUGUGGAUGAACAAGCAGAACAGGGCACCCAAGUUGAGCCCAUUGGUGCCAAUAAUGCAGUGGCGGUGAUUUUGGGUAAAGAUCAUCCAUCGUGCGCUUGUUGCUUGUGCUUUGGGGUGAACCCAAAGCAUGCGUUCGGAACUAAUGGGUCCAAAAGUACCACCAGUAGUACAUACACUUCGGGUGAUUCAGAGUUUUGGAAAGAAAACCAAAUGCUUCGAGGAGAGGUGGGUGAUCUUCAAGCAAAAGUAGCACGAUUGGAGUCCGUGGUGGAGCAGUUAGCGCACCGUCAAGGAUUGGAUGCCUUGUUUCCCACUCCCGCUUCGGUUCAGGUAAAAUCUUGAAAAUUGAUCCCUCUACUAUGGUUAAGUAGUUGAUAAGAGUGCACCUUGAUGAGUAUGAUUGGUGAAACUAAUUCCUAAACUAUAAAAACCCCAAACCUAGAAAACUUAGAAACUAAUUCCUGAAACCCCAAACCUAGAAACUAAUUCCUGAAACCCCAAACCUAGAAACUAAUUCCUGAACUAUAAAAACCCCAUUCAACACCAUACUAUUGAAUAUGAAAACUUUGGUUGUUCAUAUCCAACAGCCUGGGCUGUCAACAGGGCUAGUCUAGUCUGACCUGGGAAUCUUUCACGUGACAUUCCAUUAGGGCUCCAUGUCUACCCCUCCCUCUGAAAGAAAAAAAAAAAAGAGUUGAACUCAUGUAGGUCUGCUUUAUUAUUGUUUAAUAGUUUUCUUUUCU